AUGAAGACCUCUGGAACUUGUAUACUGUUGUGUCUCUUAGCAUUCUCCUUAUCCCCAGCUGACUGGUUUCCCUGGGUGGUCAGUGGGCAAGAACUGGAAAGUGCAAAUGGUGAAGUUAGCACCAACUCCCUUAUCAGCACCUCUGAGGCAGCUGUCACAUCACCUGUCCUUCUUAGUCCUGUUCAGUCUGACAGUGAAACUACGACCGCUUCAUCAGAUUGUCGUGAAGAAAAGUUCCCCUGCACACGCCUGUACUCUGUUCACAAACCCGUAAAGCAGUGUAUCAGCUACCUCUGUGUUACAAGUGUGCGUCGCAUGUACAUAAUAAACAAGGAGGUGUGCUCUCGCAUUGUCUGCAAGGAGAAUGAGGUCAUGCAAGAUGAAAUCUGUCGCCAGCUGGCUGGCCUUCCUUCUCGACGUCUCCGCCGAUCUGGGCAACCCCCACAUCUCCCUUGCAGACAACUCCUGGAGCAGCAGCGCAGCAGGCCUGGUGCUCUGUGAGCUACCAACAGUAGGAGAGAAAAAGGAAGGGAGAGAUGAGAAAUCAUCAUUCACUACCUACAACCCAAGAUAAAUCCUUCUCGCUUGUGAUUUCCCCAUCAUCUCCUCGCUUCUCUGCCUUCCCCCACAUACUCUUCUUCAGGUGCUGCAGUACACAGAGUCACCUCUCUGCUAGUCUGUCAUGGUGGCUGUUGUCAUCU